AUGGACGAGAAGAGGGAGGCUGCUGAGGCCGAAGAUGUUUUAAUGCAGCAGCAGAGCUACCCGUCGCCUACCGUGGACGGGUCCGAUCCGCAGUAUUACCACAUCCCCGCGCAACGCGAGCAUGAACAGGAAAUGGGUCACCAGGUAGACCAGACGGAGCAUCAUGGCCUGCCGGCUCUCCAGGGCCACCAAGCCCACCAAGGCCACCAGGAGCAGCCCGAGCAGCUUGAGCAGCACGUACAGCACGAACACCAUGACUUGCAUGAGCUCCAGGAGUUGCAAGACGUGUCGUCGCCGGACCUCCACCACUCGCGGCCCUCCGUUAGUGUUGAAGAACUGCAGCUCGCUGCCCAAUUGACUCAGGGGCUUGCACCCAUGAUGGCUGCUGCCCAGAACCAUGUGCAAGAGCCCGACAUGUCGCACGAAGGACAUGGUGGACAAGACCAGGAAGAACCCAACCUCCAAGAGCAGUUGCAGGCCGAGUUGCAGAACCACGACCAUGAGCUACAGAAUGUGAUGCCACAUGAUGAGCAGCAGUCCCAAGCCCACCCUCUCUACGUGCAGCAACAGCAUCCUCCUCCGCCACCUCUGCCUCAACAUAUUCCCAUGGAUCAUUUAGGCCACCAGCAGUACCAACUCCAAGACAGUACUCCGCCACGUAAGAGGUCCAAGGUGUCGCGAGCUUGUGACGAGUGCCGCCGUAAAAAGAUCAAGUGUGAUGCGCAGUCCGAGGCAACUGAGCAGCCCUGCUCUAAUUGUCGACGAUCCAACGCGAACUGUCUUUUUAGUCGUGUCCCGCAAAAGCGAGGACCUAGCAAGGGCUAUAUCAAGGAGUUGGCAGAUCGACUCAACACUAUCGAGGGCAAGCUGGGAGCCAGCAGCCGGGAAGGGUUAGAGGCGGCCUUGAACAGAGCAUCCGGUGACGCCUUCCAGUUCCCCAUGCCCGGGGAUGAAAGCAGGAAGAGGCCAUUCGCCAGCAUCUCCAACGACGGCUUUCCUUCACCAACCCCUGACCAGACCCCGUCAGGCGCGCCCGAGAACAAACCAAUACGUCCCUAUAUCCCUCCAAACUACCGCAGGAGUUACUCCGUCAAUGAUCUUGCGCCCAGGCUCCCAAAAACACCCGAACUCCCUGAAGACAACGAUGGGGCACUACAACCCCCGCCGGACACCGCUCUUAUGGAUCGGAUCUCUGACGACUUUAUGACUGCCAAUGGUCUGCCUCAGGACGGCUUACCUCAAGUUCAGCCCUUGCACCUAGACGAUGAAGUGCGGGAUAUAGAAGACUCCGUGUUUGAAUGCUACCUAAGCGUGAUCCAUCCGAUAUUCCCCUUUUUGGCAAGCACAAAAGAACGAGUUCGGCUUGUCUUGUCUCAAUGUCCGCCCAUUCUUCAAAACGCUUUCUGCAGCGCACUUCUGGCCAUGUUGAAACCAUACCUUCCUGCCUCUACCAGCCAGGUGAACGAAAUGUACCCUUCCGCAGGCCGGCUGCUCAGUGAUUGGGAAUUGGGUCCCCGAACUCGAUCCAAGGCUGUCAACCUACUCCACUUCCAGACUCUUCUAACGAUGAUAAUUGAGACGGAUAACCAAGGCGUUGGGGCGGCCAAAGGCUUGAUGGACGGCCCUCCGAAAUCGGCGAUACUCGGAAAGGCGAUUGGCCUUGGAUUCUGGAUGAAGUUACACCGAUGCGUACCAGAACCCGUCCCAGAUCCCGAGCUGGACUUGGACUCGGACGAAAAUGUGGGCUUGCGAGCCUGGUGGACCCUAAUUGCACUGGAUCGCUGGAAUGGGCUAGGGACAGCCACGCCGGGCUUCAUCGACAAUGGGGCUGUUAUCAUUCAGCCUGGUCUCAAGCAUAUUGUUGGAGAGACGGUUUAUAUUCUCACGCGCCUGGCAUAUAUUAUUGGCCAACUAACACGAGACGCUAUUGACACCCCUACCAACCUCGGACCAGAGACUUACCGGGCAAGGAUGCGUAUGACGGAUAUGAUAAUGGACGACGUUAGGACCCAGUUCCCUUUCAGCAGUACCGAGUCUGAUCAGCCAAUCCUACACCUGGCGUAUUGGCACACGCGCCUUCUUUCGGACAUCCUCUUGGGGCCUCUAGGAUUGGACUCCGUCCUGAAAGACUGUCAGCACAUUGUCCACAUCCUGACCACCAACAUCAGGCUUCAAAGCCCCCUAAAUCACCACUUCAUUUCCUUAGCAACGCUCACUCUUCUAGAGCUCGUAAAGGAUAAAUACUGUCACGAGGAAGCCGCCAAAGUUGUUAAACAUAUCCUCGACUUUGGCAUUGCGCCAUCCCCUUGGAAUUACGCUGUACGGGAGAAGAUCACGGAAAAUAGUCGCCUACUGACGGAUUCUGAGCCACCCAGCUUCAAUCUUCAGCAUUUAGCAAACUUAGCGGCGGCGGUCGAUGCUCCAGUAUCGCCCACCACUACCGCUGCCGUUUCGAAUUCCGUCAACGGUCCUUCUAUUGUUGACGCAAGCCAGCUGAGAGUUGCCGAUCCGUCGACCGCCUUCAAACAAGACGAGACCGAUAAUGUUGGCGCCGCUGGCAACCAUGUCAUCUCCGGCGAGAGCCAGGACAUUUAUGACCCUGGCUCAUUUUUACGAGAAGGGUAUUUGACUUGCUUCCACGAAGCGUUUUAA